AUGUGGGACAUCCCUUACAGGGAUGUUCAGACGGUUUGGAAAAAUGCAGUCAACAGUCUCCCAGAAGAGACGCCGUCCGCAGACGACGCCUUCGAGGACGGAUGGACGGAGUGGGGCAACAGGCAGGAGCUGCGGAAACGGAUCCUGACGACGACCUGCAACCACCUUCGCGUUUCCCAGAGAGACCUCCUGGAGAGGCUCCUGCUCUCUCCUGCUCUGCACUUCCGCCAUCUCCUGCUGGACGAUCGCAGUGGAGUCAUCUACUGCUACAUACCUGAGAUAGCUCUAGACUCCUGGGGGAGUCUGUGGGAGUCCCUGACGGGAGACUCGUCUCGAACGAGCCUGAGCAGCGUCUACGAGUCCCAGGACGAAGCCAAGGCUAGAGCUUCGCUACGGCUGAAGCUGAUGACUUACACGAAGGUAGUCGUUGUCCAGCAUCCGUUCCUUCGUCUGCUGUCUACUUACAGAGCCAGAAUAUAUAAUCAGAGCGACGACAGCCACCACCAAAAGGCCAUUCGUGCGGCUAUCCACGACCACCUCCACCACCACCGGAUUCCGAGCGCAAACUCAAGCGUGUCUUGGCCCGAUUUCGUCAGUUUCCUGACGAAGGGGAACAACAACAAGAUGGCCGAUGAUCUCUGGAAGCCCUACGAAGCGAUAUGUCAUCCUUGCGCGGUCGAGUACGACGUGAUCGCCAAGGCCGAGACCCUCCACGAGGAUUCGGAGAGAUUCCUUAGACGCAUAGGAGCCCCCAAGGACGUCCGCUUGCCCUCCGGUGCGUCUGGGUCGUCGAUUGGCGCUAACAGAGAUCUAUGGGACGAAUACCAGGAGAUGCUCUCCGAAGAGCAGCUCGAUGCUUUGCGUAAAGCCUACGAAAGGGACCUGAAGCUUUUUGCGUACAAGUAGCAGUGACUAUGGUACUAGGGUUCCAUUCAAACCCUACGCAAAGUGGUUGAAAAAGUUUGCCUUCUGUCACGAAAUGCCUCAAUUUGUAAGAACUGCGUCUCUUUCUAAAUCUAGAAAGUGGGUAUCAUGUUCCUAUGUGAAAACAAGCUCCCAUUCUUAUGUGAUAUAAUUAAAAAUGACAUUUAUUUCAUUUUCAUCUUCAAUGUGCUGUUUCUUCCCUACUCAAGAGUGCCAUAUUUGAAAAUAUGGGUGAAUAAAUGAUUAAUGUAAUAAUUGAAUUCACGACACUUUUAAGGUGGAACUAUUUAUGUAAAAUGUUGUUGAAAAAGUCAGACAAAUUCUUAACGCUCAGACUUCUUGGAAAAGUCGUCCAGUUCAGAGCAAUGUAAGUUAUUAGAUAUUGUUAUAAUUUGUAGUAACAUUCAGCACUUUUUACCUAAUUAUCCCCCCUCAUGAGUCCCCCUUUGAAAAGUAGGUCUAUUAUUAUUAUUAUUAUUAUUAGAAGGUAACCUUAUUCAUGUGGAACAAGCCCACCAUAGGGGCCAUUGACGUGGAAUUCGAGCUCCCAAAGAGUAUGAUGUUCAUUUGGGAAAAGUCAAUGAAAUUAAUGAAGGAAAAACAAAAACAUGAGUUCAGCUAUCAGAAAAGAAAUAAUAAAUUAGCACAUUAAUGAAUGAAUCCAUUUAAACAUAAGCAAAUCACUUAAAUUACAAGGAAAAUUGCUUCAGGGUUGUAUUGCAAUGCAUCUUCUCUUGCACAUCCUCAGGGAGGCUGUUCCACAGUGCAACUGUGUGAGCAAUAAUGGACCCUGUAUUUUAUUGAAUGGUAUGCUGCAUCAGACCAAGAAAAGUAGUUGAAAAGGUGGCCCUCUAAUCCCAAAGCACUGGACUAUAAUAUCUUACCUCCUUACCAAGGAAUGGUUGACAAUGAAAGGAACAUUUUUAUUUAUGCUUAUUCUUACAUUGAGGGGAACAACUCGAACUAAGAGUUCAAAAUAAUACGAUACAAUUGGAACACUUUACGUAUAAUGUUUUCACUAAAUGUUGUUUAAAAUGUCGAUAAUGAAUGAUGAUUUUCUGCAGAUUAUGAGUACUUUUCUUAACAACUUCAAAACAACAUUCAACCUACAAGGCAGCUCCUGAACGAAGCUUAAAGAGAAUGAGUGAAACAUGACAAAAGUGCAAAGCACAAGAAGGAAUAGGUAACCAAUUUCUAUUAUUAUUAUUAUUAUUAUUAUUAUUAUUAUUAUUAUUAUUAUUAUUAUUAUUAUUAUUAUUAUUAUUAUUAUUCAAGCUUUCGACGGAGAAAGUAAUAUGGAAGUAAAGAAUGAACAACAUGUUAUCAGAGAAAAAUGACAAAGAAAACCAAAUAGGACGAAAUGAUUACACUACAAAAUUAGACCCAUAUCUGUUUAGGCCAACCACCAAAAAUGUCUUUUAAUAUAUUGGUUAUAUUAUUUUUUCUUGUAAUGAAAUUAAGUUCCCUUUCAGUCAAACAUCAAGGCUAUAAAAUAUCAAGGCUAUAAAGCACCAAGGAUGUAACAUAUAAAGUUAUGAUGAAGUUUAUAAAUAUUAAUUUUAUGAAACAUCAAGGUUAUACAAUAAUGAAGGUUAUAAAAUAUCAAGCUUAUGAGGUAUCAAGGCAUAAAAUAUCAAGGUAUAAAAAUCAAGGCAUAUAAUAUCAAAGUAUAAAAAUCAAGGCAUAAAAUAUCAAGGUAUAAAAAUCAAGCAUAAAAUAUCAAGGUAUAAAAAUCAAGGCAUAAAUAUCAAGGUAUAAA